CUAAUAUUGGUUGGUGGUUAAAGAUCGUGGUUCAAGCCUACUAGGUUCUUGAUAUAGUGAUUUGGUACAACAAUUAUGACCGAGUGUGAAUCUGAUUUGGGUGAGGUCAAUUUCUUUUAUUUUGAUUUCGUUUCCUUGUUGGCUUUAUAAAUUCUAAUUUUUUUUGUUGUUGUCUUGUUCAAGUUUUACUUUUUGAGUUCGAAAUCUAUUUAUCUAUGUUUGUUUCGGUAAUCUGCAUUUUUAUUCUAUUCUUGAUUUCUUAUUUAUUGUAUGACAGGAAAAAAGAGACAAUGUCUUUAAAGACCUUUGUUUAGCUCUGAUUUCUUCUCUCUUAGGAUCGAAAUCUACUGCUUCAUAUAUGACAUUUGUGGUUUGCUUCAGCCUUCAUGUAAAGUUUCGUACCAUUUAUCAUCCGUGUUUUGAUUAUGAUACAAAUUUUGCAAAGAUCCUUUUUAAUGAUGAUUCCUUGAGCUCCAAUUUUGGUUCUAAAAUGGUGGAGCCUUCUAUAAUUUCGAAUGCGAGAUUUACAUAUGUGCAUGAUUAUCACAAGUUUCUUCCUCUCCAAGCUGUUGACACCCACCAUAUUGUCGCUCAGAGAAGUGUUGUGAAGCCAAUUGUCAUAUACCUCUUUGUGAUACUUCUCGUAGCAUAUGUUGCCUUUCUCCAUUUCGAACAGGGAAAACCAGUCACGACUGUUUUAUGGUGCCUACUUUUUGGUCUUCUCUUGGUCAAAUUGUUUAUUUGGAGACCAAUUGUGAAAGAGUCCGUGAUAAUCAUGCCUGCUUUUGGAGUCCAACUUGAAACUCAUUAUGGAAGGUACUCAACUUACCCCAACAUCUAUAAAAAAAUUCACUAAUGAAAAAACAAGUUGUACUGCAUAUGAUUGAGACUGAUGUCAGUGAGACAAAUUGCAACCUUUUGUCCCAUCCAUAAAGGUCGAAAAAGGUGGGACAGUGGAACUCUAGUCCGUGCAAAAGACGUAAAUACCCUCAUCAUCAUCAUCAUUGAUUUUUUGUUUUGUGUAUGAGUAUAGCGGAAAGAUAAGGCUAUGAUUUAUUCCUGUAAGCAAGAUUCUUAAACCGGUGCUGAAUGAACAUGUUACUCCAGUUACUUGUUGGUAGUGCUUAUCUCUCCUACUACGUGACCAAGAUGAACUUACCUUAGUUUUCAAGAAAUUCCAUCCACCCUUGAAAAUGGUGGUACCCAUAUAGAAAGCUUUAUGUGAUGCCACUGAAUGUAAACAAAGCUCUUGAGGUGUUUCAAGCACAAGAGUAAGUUGGUGGUUUAUCAUAACACAAUUACCUUUUGGUUCCUUUCUCUUGUUUCAUGUCAAAAAUUGAACUUUUGGUCUUUUUGUAUCUUGUUUUAUAUUAUAACCAAGAUCCCUAAAAAAACAAAACACGAGGUGUUAUUUUAUAGCCAAUUUUAUAUCAACAAUGUUCAAGAUGUUCUUGCAAUGGACACAUGAAAGAUUGCUUGUUAAGAGCAUCUCCAUUAUUUUGUGGCGAAUACUAUUUGAAAUAACCAAUAAAUAGCUUAUUACUAUUUGGAGCA